AUGCUCUUGGCAAGAAUCUACUACUUUGUCUCGGUGUUUAGUUUUCUACUAACAACUGUUUCAAAUGUUCUACUGAUCAUUUUAACAAGAUGGUACGUUAGAAAAAAUUUGGGAACCUACAAACAUCUUAUCAUCAUCUUCUCGUCGAUUGGUUUGAUCUAUGAUUUUGCGGAAUACAUUUUUCAACCGGUUGGUGUUUUUUUUUAAAGUUUUUCGAACAUUGCUUUAAUUUCAGAUGGUUCACUCAUUCAAUUCCGGCUUCAUCUACUUCAGUUUAAUCCAUUCGCAAUAUAUUUCAAAUCGUGUUACUGAAAUCGCUCUAGCUGCAACCGCCUCAUUAUUUUUAUCCUCGUCCGCAUUUCUAGCUGUCAUGUUCAUCCAUCGUUUCUUCUCCGUCGCCAAACAGGAGCAAUUGUAUUAUUUUCAAGGAAAACGGGUGACUCUUUGGAUUUUCUACGCAUUGUUUUUUGGUCUACCUUGCUUUGCUGGUUGGAUUCAAUUAUGCUCCAUCGAUGAGUUCUCAAAUAAUUACUUCAGUUCGGAAGUUCAAAAUGUUUAUGGGAAACCUUUGGAUACAAUUUCAGCAUUUUCAGUCAUUGUUUUUGAUGAAAAUGAGAAGAUUCGAUGGAAAAAUGCGAUCUUCAUCAUCUUUGUCAUUCUGUCAAUGCUAAUUCAGAAUUUCAUAAUUUUCUUCUGCUGUUUCAAAAUACAUACAAAAAUUCAUGAUAAAAAUCGGAAUUAUUCGAAAUCUCUCAGAGAACUGCAUUCUCAAAUUUUCCGCACUUUGGUCUUACAAUUUGCUAUUCCCACAUUAUUCCUCUUCACUCCUGCAUUCGUGAUAAUGAUUCUACCAUUCUUCGGACUUCAGCUAAGUCUUCCACUUGGUUAUUCGAUGUGCUUUUUCUUUUUAUAUCCAGCUAUUGAUUCAUUCAUAGUUAUGUACAUCAUCAAAGAGUAUAAAAAAGCAUUGCAUGGUAAGAAUUUUUAAUGAGAUUUUUGGAAGACAAUUAUUUUUAAAAUUUCAGAUUUUAUUUUCGAUGUACAGGAUUUUUUCAACUAG